AUGGCUGCUACUACCGACACAGAAGCUCUGUCAGCCGCUGGGGCUGCCUCUGCCCCCAUGAAAGCUGGGAACAUCCUCGACUUGCCUGAGGAGGUCAAGAAAGAGAUCGUUGGGCACUGCUCGCAAUGCGAUCUGAUCUGUCUUUCCAUCGUCUGCAAAGACUUCCACGAGCUUGCCGCUGCCCAACUGUACCGUAACUUCCACAUCGUGUUUCCCGACGAAGACGACCCCAGCUUCGACUCGCCUAUUGAUGGUUUAGCUGGUGGGCUCGACACGUUCGUGACCAGUGAAUACAACUAUGCGAAACAUUUGCGCGAUCUGUCGCUUGACACGCUCUCGUCGGGGAACAAGGCUGAGAUGGCCUAUAAGCCGUACCUAUAUAGCGUGAGCUGUGGCAAGUUUAUGAACACAUUGCUGCUUCUCACACUACGAAAAGCCAAGCUUCUUGACACUUUCAGGUGGAACAUUCGUGUCGAGCUCAGCAGGCCGGUCUACAAGGCGUUGCAUGACAUCCCGACACUAAAGCAUCUACUUGUGCGCAUGCAGGCGGGUCCUUCGCUAUACGAACCGCCACCACCCCUUCCAUACUACUCGCUUCCGUCGCUGUUUUCUGCCUCACAAUGGCCUGAUGCUGUACCUCAGUUUCCACCUUUGCAGAUGAACUUCAACGUUCCCGUCUCUACAACGUUGCCAGUGACUAUGGCGGGCUUGCCUCCUCCGCUACCGGGCACAACAAUUACAUAUGGACCGCCGCCGAUCCUGGGACCACCCACACCUAUUUACAAGCCUUCUGUGAAAAGUAAAUCGAAGACACCACCCGGAUCGCAACCCCCUACACUAGGCGGGUUCAAGCAAUUGGAGAGUCUAUCGAUUCUGGACAUUGACAACCUCGACGACGUAGAUGAGAUCAAAACCUCUGUGCGGAACUCGGCUUCCACAUUGAAGAAACUGAAGCUUUCCUUCUCGGACGGCCUCGCUACGCAGGCAAGAAGGCCAUGCGUCGACAUGGACUCUAAUGAAUCAGAUGACGACGACGAUGACUUUCAAAUCAUUCCCAUGCACAGUUACGAUGAUGGGAAUAGUCCACACAAGGCCUUUCACGCUCAGGAAGAACGCAAAUCUCAAGAGGGGUUUCUAGGGCGCAUCUUCGAAGUUGAACCCGCUGGCCCCCGGAUCCAGAAGUUGGCAUCGAAAAAGAAGAAGACUAAGGAACCGACGUCCAAAACCCCCGGCAGAGAAUAUAUUGAUUCUAUGCAGGAAGUAUCUGGGCGUUUGCUCGGAAGCAUCCACGGCACCGGCGAUCUGACACAGGCUCAGCAGGACAUAUUGGAUAUCAUUGUGAAGGCUGCGAAGAAGUACGUUGAUGCAGAAGAAAAACACGCCCCAGCAGAGCCCGGUGCGAACUCAAAGGAGAACAUCAAGCCGGGCUCAAACUCAAACUCGGGCCCCGAACAGAAAACCAUGGGAGCGGCGGGUACUUCAAAAGACGGCCAGGCAUCAUCUAGUUCUGGGCUUUUUGACAACAAGACAGCCAAGUCGAGAGACGACGAAAAUGGUGCAAAACCCGAAGAUAUUGAUGUCACUGCACCACCUGACGAGCAACUGACCGUGGAAGCACAAGAAGACGCAAGCUUUGGUGCUACAACAAAGGACGAUUCUUCCCCUGCGAGCACUUCAGUUGCGACGCCAAUGGCGACAGACUCGACGGAAGAGGGCACAUCUCAGGCCAUCUCCCAAGCGGUAAGCAUGGAUGUCUAUCAAGCUCCCAUAAUUUCUUUGGCUCAUGAAGCCAAUUACGUCGACAUGUUCACUGAUGAUAUCACACUCAAGGCUCUCAAUGACGUGUUUAACAAAGAUAUGGCCGAUGCUCUGAACGAGCAGUUGGGGCAUAAGCAAGAGAGUCUCGAACUUAACAUGACCGAUGUCCAACAUGAACUGAACGUAUUGGAGGCCGAAAUCACGGAAGGUCAAGAUGACCAGGAUACCCCUGGUACCCAGGAUAGUCCGCCGCUGGAUAGGCUCGACGUCAAAGAAGAGUUGCAGCGUCAAAUCAGCGCGUACGCACGAGGGACCAGAGGCAUUUCCCUUGAUUCUCUUAGCAUCCACCUCAUUCCCGUCAAGGCUUCUGUGCUGGGGCGCGCAAUCGACCUCCGGUCCCUCCGCAGGAUUACGCUCCUGAACGUUGGGAAUCAAGUGCCAAUCUGGACCUUGAUGGCUAAGGAGAACAAAGUCCAACCUCUGGCAUUACGCAAGAUUUUCACCGAUCACGUCUCUCAGCCUUUUCUGCAUUUGGUAUCACAACUCGAAUGUGUCACAGACUUGUUCAUGCUAGAACGAAACCAAAAGCACAAGCCUGAAAGCUUUGCGCCGAAAUCCAAAGUGACUCUGGAGCAGAUCCGGAAGUAUGCACUUAGGAAACACAUGGCGACCAUGAGGCGUCUCCUUCUCAGGAAUGAGGCUGAUCAUUCCUGGGAUGUUGACGAAAGGACGAUAAAGCUGAUCUGCAAACGAGGGAAAGUACUCGAAGAAUUAGCUUUGGUUAUGGGCAUCAGGGCUAUUCACGCUUUCUUGCAGCAUAUAUCUGGUCUCAUCAAGCUCCGCGCUCUGCACAUCAUCGCCUUUAGAAACGAAGAUACAUGUCUGUCUGUCAUGCGGGAGACACGUCACUUUAUAAUCGACACAGUCUCUCACUAUCCUCAAUUGCAACUUGAGUGGAUCUCAAUGGGUGACGAGGAUAAGGCCGAACGCAUUAUUCGCAAGACGGAUGCACAGAAGAAAUCGAAGCAGGACAAGGACAAAGGGAAGGGCAAGACAACUGCCAACGAUCUGGAUGCCAAGCCAAACUCAAUCAAUCCUUAUCCCAUACUCCCUGUGGAUGGCCUGGACGUAGCGGAAAGUGAAAGUGAGGAUGAAGAUGACGGGCUGGUACAACCUAUGCUCAAGUUAGACCUGAUCGACAAUAUUCAAUUCUACGACGUCUGGGGGGUGCGGAUUUUCAAGAAAGAGGUCCUGUCAGCACGGCUCUGA